AUGUCAACAAAGAGACACACUAAAAGUCAAUCAGCUUACGCCUUUGACAACACCGCUACUAAUGUCGCGGCUUCACAGAUGCGUAAUGCAUUGAACAACUUGGCAGAUACAGUCAAGGACCCUGAGGAGAAACACAGGUUUGAAAAUGAAAUGGACAACUUUUUUUCAUUGUUUAGAAGAUACUUGACUGAAAAGGCUUCCGGAACCACUUUGGAAUGGGACAAGAUCAGAUCACCAUCUGCAGACGAAGUCGUUGGUUACAAGGACUUGGACGACGCAACUCCAGACUUGACCAAGUUGGCGGUCUUGAAAUUGAACGGUGGUUUGGGUACCUCUAUGGGAUGUGUUGGUCCCAAAUCGGUUAUUGAAGUUAGAGACGGUAACACAUUCUUGGACCUUUCAGUUAGACAGAUUGAGCAUUUGAACAGAAAGUACGACGCUGACGUGCCAUUAUUGUUGAUGAACUCAUUUAAUACUGAUGCUGAUACUGCCAAGAUUAUUCGAAAAUACCAGGGCCACAGAAUAAGAGUCAAGACUUUUAACCAAUCCAAAUUCCCAAGAAUCUACAAAGACUCUUUGUUACCAGUUCCUGAAUCUUCAGACGAUCCCCUCGAAGGCUGGUACCCUCCAGGUCACGGUGAUUUGUUUGAAGCCUUGGUCCAAUCCGGCGAACUUGACGCGUUGUUGGCACAAGGAAGAGAAAUUUUGUUUGUUUCCAAUGGUGACAACUUGGGUGCAACCGUUGAUACCAAGAUCUUGGCUCACAUGUUGGAAACCGGCGCAGAGUAUAUCAUGGAAUUGACUGACAAGACCAGAGCAGAUGUCAAGGGUGGUACUUUGAUCAACUACCAAGGCGAGGUGAGAUUAUUGGAGAUUGCCCAGGUUCCAAAAGAACACGUUGAAGAGUUCAAGAGUAUUAAGAAAUUCAAAUACUUCAACACCAACAACUUGUGGAUCAACUUGAGAGCCAUUAAACGUUUGGUAGAGGCCAAUGCUAUCGAAGCGGAAAUCAUCCCAAAUCAAAAGACUAUUGGCAAUGAUAUCAAUGUCUUGCAAUUGGAGACGGCAGUUGGAGCAGCUAUUAGACAUUUCAAAGGUGCACACGGUGUCGUUGUGCCCAGGUCCAGAUUCCUCCCUGUCAAGACAUGUUCCGAUUUGCUUCUUGUCAAAUCAGACUUGUUCUUUUUGGAACACGGUGCAUUGAAACUUGAUCCUACUAGAGAAGGUUUUGCCAACCCAUUGAUCAAAUUGGGAUCUCAUUUCAAAAAGGUGAGCGGAUUCCAAGCCAGAAUCCCACACAUGCCCAAGAUCUUGGAAUUGGACCACUUGACCAUUACAGGAAAUGUCAGUAUUGGUAAAGGCGUUCAAUUGAAGGGUACUGUUAUCAUUGUCUGUAAUGAUGGCGAUAAGAUUGACAUUCCAAAUGGAUCAAUCUUGGAAAACGUUGUUGUUACCGGUAACUUGACCUUGUUGGAGCAUUAA